UUUUUUUUAUCUGAUGUAGUUCGAUUUUUUAUUUCAGAUUUUUUUUUUUUAAAAAAGUCGAAUUACGUAUUACGAUUAAAAAAAUUUUAUGAAAAAUAUUUAAAAUUUCGUUUUUUUGGUUUCUCUUUUUUUUCAAAUUACCGAAUUUCUUUUACCAAUUUUAUUGCAAUUUGAAAAAAAAUAUGGACUUCUCAAAACCAGUAAAAAUACGAAAUAUUCACCUACUAAAAACAGCUAUUUUACCUUUUCAAUUUAAUAAUACUUCUGCUCAGUCUGAAGAACAUCCUGAAACAGAAACAUCGUCUCAACAAUAUGAUCAUGAAUCAUCAUCUCGAGUAACUACUGAACAGGAGGAAAAUUCGCAAGUAAAUAAUAAAAAAUACAAAAGAGUCAAGACUAAGUCAUCACCUCAAGAAACAGAUAAUAUGAAACAACAUGGAGUCUUAAGUGUUACAUUUAACAUCUCUGAAGGCACCAUAUCAGUCGUUGAUUCUGAGAGUACAUUAAUAUUACGUUCAAAUCAGUACGCUGAUUAUUUUCAGAAGAAAAAAAUUAAAGAAAUUUGUCCCAGCGCUAUUAAUGUUGGCAAAGAUUUACAUAUCUUAUUAGCCGAAAAUAUUUAUCAAUCUGUUAAUGGUGAAGUAAAGGAACAAAUUAACAAAGAAAUGUCCAGAAGGAAGGAAUUAAGAUUCCAUGUUGAGGUGUUUAAGGCGUAUACACGACUUCAAGCAUUUUGUGCGUUAAAUCUAAGUCGAAGUAAAAGCGAGACGGCAAGAUCACAAGCAAAAUCAAUUGUUGUCAAAUAUUUUCCACAAAUUUCUUUGCAAAAUAUGAGUUUAAUGUUACAGCGGGCACCGAGAAUAUACCGAUUACUCUUACUUUCAAAUGAAGACUGGCGUUUAAUUGAUUCUUUUGAAGAAUUAAGCGCGUGUUUUUUUAAGAGUUCAAUGAAUUCUGCCGCCAAUUUUGAAAUUUGGCUUAAUUUGGUAAGGACGGGACAGAUAGCUGAUUACAAAAAUGGUACAAGUAUGUGCGAAGAAGGAAAGAAGUUCAUGAAAGAAGUAAAGCUUAAUAUUAUUAAAGAAUAUUUUGAUGAAGUCGAUGAAAAAAAUCUAAAGGAUUUUAUUACUGAUGAUGACGAUGAAUAA